UUUUCGGAUGACACUGUGAAAUGAAUGCUGCGUGUUGUCAGAUUGUUGAAAUGCCAGUUGUUUAUGUGCAGUUUUUAGUGCAUUAAUGCAUGCAAUCGCAAAUAAUAGUGUUCAGUGAAGCUGAUAAUGGCAUCCUUGCAUCCUGAUACAACUACGAUGAUGAAAAUUAAUUAAUGAAAAUAAUGUCCAGCAAUGGACUUCACGGCAGCUGCACACAUGAAGUAGAGUGACUCGUUAUGCAAUAAAUGUAACUAGAUACUCAAACUCAUUAGAAGUUGAGGUGAAUUAUUUGUGAUAAAAGUAAACAAAGACUUAUUCUGUGUACAAUAAAAACAAAACUGUUUCAAACUUUAUAGUCUAAACCGAGUGCGCUUUCAAACAUAAUGGAUAUGUCUGGCGCAAAUUCCCUCAACAUGAGACCACUGUUUAGUGGUUAUCCUUUUCAAGGUCAAGGCCGUGUGAACCAGUUGGGAGGAGUAUUUAUCAACGGACGUCCGUUGCCAAAUCACAUUAGGCUGAAAAUCGUCGAGAUGGCCGCUUCUGGGGUGAGACCCUGUGUGAUUUCACGCCAACUGCGCGUUUCUCAUGGAUGUGUAUCUAAAAUCCUAAACCGCUACCAAGAAACCGGUUCAAUUCGUCCCGGAGUAAUAGGGGGAUCUAAACCAAAAGUAGCGACACCGGAAGUGGAAGCUAGAAUCGAAGAUAUGAAAAAAAUGAAUCCAGGAAUUUUCAGCUGGGAAAUACGUGAAAAGUUGAUAAAGACGGCCGGCUCGGACGACCCCAGCGAUAAUAAACAUUCUGGUCAACUAGGACCUGAUGUGGGCUACCGGCAGGAAGGAGUAACGGAUCCUCCCAGUGUUUCUUCAAUAAGCCGACUUCUGAGAGGGGGUGGCGUUGAUCCAGGACGGAAAGACGACGAUGGUCGAAAGGAUUACAGCAUACACGGUAUUCUUGGGGGACGCGGAUCGGACUCUAGCGACACCGAAUCGGAACCGGGAAUACUACUGAAGCGGAAACAACGGCGUUCGAGGACCACCUUCACGAGUGAACAACUGGAAGCACUGGAAAAGGCCUUCACGCGCACGCAAUAUCCGGAUGUGUAUACACGUGAGGAACUGGCCUCCACCACCAACCUAACCGAGGCGCGUAUUCAGGUGUGGUUUAGCAAUCGCCGCGCACGGCUACGCAAGCAUGCUGGAGCACAAAUGUCCACACCGCUAAGUAGCUUGGGCUCUUUGCCAAUGUCACAAUACCACCCAGGAGUAGCGUCGAAUGAUUCAUACCAAAUGGCGGCAGCAGCUAACUAUGAGUUUGUUGCACAAAAUCCAUCGACAUUUACCUCUGGUCACUUCCAGCACGGUCACUUUGGAGGACAAAACUUUUCUACUAACCAUAUGGGCUUCCACCAAAAUAAUCAAGAAUUCCUUCCAUCAGAAUACACCAAAAUGAUGAGUGAAGAGUAUAUUAAGCCGGCGCAUGAAAAUUCCAUCAAAUUAAGCCCCUCUGGUAAUCAGGCUGAAAACUAUGUUAAAGUACCUCCUGCAGCCCCGGUAACAGCAUCUAUUGCGCCACAGGAAACUCCAUGGAGUCAGUCCUAUCCACCACAUCAUCCAGGGCAAGCGUAUGCCACCAAUUUGGUUGGCUGCCCACCACCAGUCACGACAACGACCGCAGCAGAAUAUCACCCAAUGCAGCAAGCACCAACCGCCUAUCCAAACAAAUACUGGUCAUGAUCAGCUAUCGUGAUAUUCGCUACUCUUACGCUCGCAUCGCAAUACAUCAACCAUUAUUGACUAAAAUAUCAUUUAGCCACGAUAAUGUCAAUUCCCACCUCCUUAUUGUCAAAUUGAGAUCCUGACAAGUAGACUAUAUACAAAGGUUGCCACAUCCUUUCCGAGAACCCGAUUUGGGACAAAUACCAAUUACUUGACAUUAAAGUGAUAGCGUUUGCAUUAGGACUCUCUAGAAUAUAAUUAGCCAAAUUUGGCAAUUUUUAAUUUAUUUUGCCUCUAGGAUAAAGUUGUCUCAUACGUAGCUCCAGCACGGUUGUCCUACUGUACACUUAGCUUUAAGUGUUAGCACUUAGCUUAAAGUAAGUUCCAAAUAUUCCUUAUCGCGAUAACAAAAUAAAACCUAGCAUACGAAAUGGAAACAAAUAAAUCAUUUGCACCCCACCAGUUUAAUUAAACGUUUCAUCAUAGCACCUCAGUCUUGACAAAAGAAAUUUUUGAAUAAAAAUAAUUAUUUUCAUUUAGUUGAAAAACUUUACCAAGGGAAAUAAAAUUCCAACAAAUUACAAAUAAAGCUUUUAUAAUUAGCUGUGGAAAAUUUGACCCAUUUGAUGCAUCUGUUAUCGAGUUACGUCAUUGAUGCGCACCGAAAAUUCGAAUUUUUGCAUAAUUUGUAUGUCAUGCUUUUCAACAAAAAGAAAAUUUGGUUUGUGCAUAAAAAGUAACUUUGAUGAAAUUUAUUGGUCUUAUACAUUCAAUCAAAAUUUUAUUACAAUUUUUGCUUAAAGUAAAUAUAUUUUGAAGCAUUACACGAUUUUAAGGUGUAAAAAAACUUUUUUUACUGUUGUCUAUUCAUGAGUCAAAAAGGUAUAAUUUUCUCCGAGAACUUUUAAACUCAGAAAACUACCGUUUUCUGAAUAUGUAAAAGCGGUGAACUGUGUAGCUCGGUAACAAAUUUUAGUCUAAUCUUUCCCUUUCAAAGAAAUACCUGGUUUCAAUGGAUUAUGUAGUAGUUUUCCAAUGAUUUUUACAAGCUUGAAUCCGUCUCAUAAUUAAUUGAUGACGAUAACUUAUACCUCCAACUCCAACAGAAGGAUUGCUUAGUUAUUACUAAGUACUGAUUAGUAUCACAAAUGUUGUCCACAAUUUUUUGAAUAGUUUCCAAAAUGUAUUGGCAAUGUGCCAACAUUUUUAAAAUGUCGAAAAAAGAUUUGCGAAACAGUCUAUAAAUCGCGGGUUUUAUAAAAAAGCAGGUUUUGAAAAUAGGUUAUAAAUCGUAAGUCAA